AUGUUAUACUCAAUCAUCGUUCUUUUCUUAUUUUUCAAUGGGCAUACCGAUGCUGAACAACUUCUUGGCGCUCAUAUAAUCUUUCGUCAUGGCGAACGAUCACCAAGUCAACUCUAUUCAACAGAUACAAAUCUGCCAUCUUUUUGGUUGAAUGGUCUUGGUCAACUAACUGUUCGAGGUCGAUUGCAACAGAUCUCACUUGGACAAUAUGUUCGAGAACGUUAUUCAAAUCUAAUCAAUUCGACUUAUAUUUCGUCAGAAAUCACAGUUCGAAGUUCGGAUUAUGAUCGAACACUGAUGUCUGCUUAUUGUAAUCUUGUUGGUCUUUAUCCAUCAUCAGAAAAGGUAAAAUUAUCGGAAGAUUUAUUUGCGAAUAACAAAUGGCCUGAAAUGAUACCUUGGCAGCCAGUUCCUGUACAUACAGUGCCGAAAUCGAUUGAUCAUUUAAUGGGUGUAAGUUCAUGCGAUCGUUAUGAAGAAUUAGUAGAUAACAUGAGAAACAGUCCACGAAUUCGAAAUCUUACGAAUGAACUCCGAGACUUAAUUAGUUACCUUGAAAUACAUACAAAUCAAUCUAUUGAUGAUAUUUUCAUUGCGUGGGAUGUUGCCGAUACAGUUCUCAUUGAAGCUAUUUAUGAUAUUGCUCCAUCAUGGGCGACUCCAUCAAUUCUACGACAACUUCGUCAUCUAUCCAAUUUGUGCUUUUACCAUCUUUUCUAUUUACCAGAAAUAAGUCGUUUACGUGGAGGACCAUUGUUACGAGAUAUUCUAACCAAUAUGAAUUAUCUUACCUCAAACAAUGUCAAUGGAAGAAAAACAAAGAUUUAUUCCGGACAUGAUACAUCGAUUGCUCCUGUUCUUGCUUAUCUUGGUGUGAAUUACAUUCAUCAACCACCAUUUGCAAGUGCUUUAUUUUUUGAUCUUUAUCAACAAGAUGAUCGAUCUUAUGCGAUACAACUCCAAUAUUUGAAUACAACAAAUAGUGAAAAUCCUCAUACAAUUCAUAUACCUGGAUGUCCAAGUACGAUGUGCCCUUUGAAUACGUUUCUCCGAUUGUAUGAGAAGGGAUUACCAGAGAAUAUGGAGAAAGAAUGUCGAUCGAAUCGAAUUAAACGGACAUAUCCACGAAUCCAUCAUGUGUCGUUUUCAGAAGAAUAA